AUGGCAUCGGCGGCUGUUAUCGGUGGCAUAAUGACUCUUGAUCUCCAACAUCAUGGUACUAACUCGUCCGCCUUCGUCUGCCUGUUAUUCUCCUGUUCGGCAUACUCGGCCGACGACUUGGUCGGCCUCGCGUUGGCCCUGGCUGGGUCAAACGACUACGAUGAACACAUCAUACUUACACUCGCUAGGUACUUCUCCGGGACGAUCAUGAUCGUCAUGGAUCACGGCUUGAUCGUGGUCACUGACGAUAUUGGAUACCCUUUUUCUGGCGGAGACAAUAACCAUAAACACGAGCGUCAGGUGCAGUCACAUUGCGCGAUGCUAGAAACAGAUUCGCUCACGAGCCGACGCCGUCGAACUGAUCAUCAAUACCGAUCAUAG